AUGUCUGCUUUAAGAGUGGUCUUGUUAGGAGUUUUAGGACAUGGAAAAACAUACCUAUUUAAUAAAAUAACCAAUGCAAAUGAAGCUGUAAUUUAUGGAGGAAAGUCAGUAACAAAAUAAAUUGUGAUUGGUUAAGCUGCACAUGGAGAAUUUGAAGUUGUUGAUACACCUGGAUUCGAUGCAUCGGAGGAUAAAUUAUUACACGCUGCUGGUGUAAUUGCAGCAUUGGCAUAGGGAGAUGUCAACAGAAUUCUGAUUGUUGUCAAAUGUGAAAGAACAGACAUCAUGAUAAAAAAUAUCAAAAAAGUCAUUGGAUCAAUUUAAAGAUACAAAGAUUUAAUCACGAUUGUUGUAACUUAUUGGGACGAAUAAUAAAGAAACAUACGACAUCGUUAUAAAAGUUAGGAAUCCUAAUAACAACAAGAAUUAGAAGCAAAAUAUUAAAUAGAAACAGCAAUUAAAAACAAUUUUAAUAUCUCUUCAGUAAUAAUUUCUUCAUUUGAAGAUGAUCCUAUUAUUAUCACAGAAAAAAUAACUAAGAUUAUUCUUUUAUCUCGAUUUACUAAAAUUCACUUACAAGAAUCAGAAAUCUAUAGUCAAUUUGACUUAAUAAGCGUAAGUGAAGAAUCUGAAAUGGAAUUUAAUAAAUCAAUUUCUUAAAUUAGGAGUAGUUUUAGAAAAAUCUCAAAAUUAUUUUUAAUGUACAUAGAAACUUAGUAACUAAAUGAAAAUUAUUUGAUUGACAAAUUGCAUUACUUAUCACUAUCUAUUAAAAGCAUUGCAAAUGAAUUUAUUGAAAAAUUUGAAAGGCAAUAUGGAGAUUAUAUGAAUGAAACCUAUGAUACAGAUGGCAUAAAUGUAAGAUACCUACAUCAUAUUUAUCUGAAAAAGGAACUUCGAUUGGAUCUUGAAUAAGUUAUUAAAAAAGCAUAAUCUAAAAUGAAAGAAUCUUAAAUUCACUGUUUUAAUUGGAUUAAAUAGUGUCCUUAUUGUGGAUUAGUCUGGAUAAAAGUUGUUGGUUGUGAUAAUGAAACUACAUGUGGAAAUAGGGUAGAUUCUUAUUUUGACGAUCUGCUGGUAAGAACUUAAAAUGAAAAGCGUUUCAAAAUAAUAGUAAAUAAUGAUUCUGUUGAUAUUGAGAUAUUGGAUGAAUAAAAAAGUGAAAAAAAAUUAGUAAUUUAAUAAGAUCUAAAUAUAUAUUAAAUAUUGUUCAAUUCUAUAAAGGACAAUCCUGUAUUAAGUAAGAAUUUUAAAAUUUACUAUUCAUUUUUUAAUUCAGAUUCAGAUUCGGAUUUAGAAUAGUUAAAAGUUGAAUUGGUUAUUUCUAUUUUAGGUUUAUAAAGAGUUGACUACUAUAUUAAAAAUAUAUAUGAAGUAGAUCAAGAAAUGAUGAUUAAUGAGUUCAAAUUUCUACUUAGAGAAUCUGGAUGGUUCUAAUCUGAUUUUCCAAACUUGAAUUUUUAUAAGUAAAAAUCAUUAGGAUGUGGGAAUGUAAUUGUGUGGAAAGAUUUAGCUCCUCUGAGUGGACCACUUUUAUAAGAAUUACUAUCACCUGAAUUGCUUGAUUAUUUCAAUGAUCAGGAAUAAUUAUUAAAAGAUGAAGCUGACGAUAUUGCAAAAGAGUUGGAAAGGACCUAUAAAAAUCUUAUGAAUUAAGCAAUUACUGAAUAAUUGAAGAAUAUAAAAGUAAUCCCAAAGCUAUUAAAUAUCAUGGAAACUUUAGACGAUACAGUAAAACAAAAAUAGGAACAAUAUAACUAAAAUCUUUAGUAAAAUUUUUAAAAUCAUAUUGAAAAAACAAAGAUUGAACAAUAAAAUGUUAAAAGAAGAUACAGCAUUAAAAUGAGUAUAGAUGAUAAUUUUAAUUCAGAUACUGAAAAUGCUGAUAGUUCUCGAAUAGAAGUGCCUAAGGAUAAUCAUUGA